AGUUAAAGACAGGUUACAAGCAUUUCUACUUCAUAACACUAUCCUCUCUACUAUUAUUCUACCACCACACAACGAGCUUUUCCCUACAAAGAUCAUGUCGUCAAUCGUCACUUCCAUCAAAGACCUCAUCGCCUCUGUCUUCGAGGUUGUAUUCUCGGUAUUCAAUGGCGCGAUUAAUUUGGUGACCGGUCUUAUCACGGGUCUUGUGAACUCUGUUAUCGGGAUCGUCAAGAUGGCCCUCCAUACUGUGGGAAGUACCUUGGAAGCUGCAGGAGGUGUAGGCAAAUUUAUUGCCAGCAAUAUCGUUAUCAUCGCACUCAUUGCGGCUGGGGCAUACGGUUACCUGCAGUAUCAAAGUCGCCAAGGCCGUCCUGUCAGAGCGGGAAAUAAGAAAUUGAACUAAGACACGAAGUGGGAUGGAUCAAUUAUCGACUUCGGAGAGGUUUCGAAUGGUGACGGCUCAAUGUUAUAAGACCACGACUUGCGAUUCCUCGUUGUUUGAUACCAAUAAGUGGCCUCGACCCACUCUUGCAAAUCUAUGUGAAUAAUUUUCAGUACUCAGUCAUUGAUCGCUUCUCGGAAAAUCUCC